AGUGUAGCUGCGCAUGCGUCCGCUACAGGCCGUGGGGAGCAUGGCGGCCUCUUCGAGUGGCGAGAAGGAGAAGGAGAGGCUGGGAGGCGGCUCCGGAGCAGCGGGUGGUAACAGCACGCGAGAGCGGCUGCGGAACUUAUAGAAAUGUUGGCAAUUUCAAGAAACCAAAAGUUGUUACAGCCUGGAGAGGAAAACCAGGUCCUGGAGUUGUUAAUUCACCGAGAUGGGGAAUUUCAAGAACUAAUGAAAUUGGCCCUUAAUCAGGGGAAAAUCCAUCAUGAAAUGCAGGUUUUAGAAAAAGAGGUAGAGAAAAGAGACAGUGAUAUUCAGCAACUACAAAAACAGCUAAAGGAAGCGGAACAAAUACUGGCAACAGCUGUUUAUCAAGCAAAAGAGAAACUCAAGUCGAUAGAGAAAGCAAGAAAAGGUGCCAUCUCCUCUGAAGAAAUAAUUAAGUAUGCACACAGGAUAAGUGCAAGUAAUGCUGUAUGUGCCCCACUGACCUGGGUUCCAGGGGACCCACGGAGACCAUAUCCAACUGACUUAGAGAUGAGAAGCGGGUUAUUGGGCCAGAUGAACAAUCCAUCCACUAAUGGUGUGAACGGUCAUUUACCAGGGGAUGCACUUGCAGCAGGCAGACUGCCAGAUGUCCUUGCUCCACAGUAUCCAUGGCAGUCAAACGACAUGUCAAUGAACAUGUUACCACCAAAUCACAGUAAUGAUUUUUUGUUGGAACCUCCUGGACAUAAUAAAGAAAAUGAAGAUGAUGUUGAGGUUAUGUCCACGGACUCCUCAAGCAGUAGUAGUGACUCUGAUUAGAAAACAUAAAAGAUAGCAUAUAAGAUUGGAUACUGUAGUAGAUCUGUACUUUGAUUCUUAAAUAGUAGCUGCAAAAUAUAAACUGCAAAAACCCCUAAGGAAUAGUCAGAUAAAUAAUGGCUAUGAUGGGAUAGUCAGCUCAUUAAGAAUUUAAGUGAACUUUUCUUUUUAAAGCUGAAGUCAUGGUUUUAGUUCUAAUUAGGUAAACUAUUUGGGGACUAGUCUGCUGAAAAAAGAUGAUUCAGUUUUUCAGUGCUGUCUUCCCCUGUUCUAUUUUAUUCCACUUGUACUGUAUUUGUAAAUAGUAGUUCUGGAAAUACGAUUUGAGGGAAAUGACCUAUGUACAUGUCACUAAUAGGCUUCCUGGAAUUAUUUGGAGAAGUUAAAAAAAAAAAAAGAAACAAAACACAGUAAUUACUGAAUAUGCAUUAUUUCAAAAAUAACAUCAUUUGAAAGUGACAUCUCCUGGCUUCUGUUGCAAGAAAAAGGAGACGUUAACUUAAUUUGUACUGUUUGUAAUUAUUGUAAUUUUUGUAAAUAAAUUUACUUUUUUAUACUUUGUAUGAAUUUUUUUAAAUUCUUAUAAUUUAAAUGUACCUUUAAUGUAGGUAAGAAAUGACUCUUGUAAAUCCAGUUGUAUUUUAUAAUGCUUAUGUAGAAUUCUGGAAUGAGAACAAACUAGUAAAUUUCUCAGAGACCCUCAGUCCUGUUCUUAGAAGAAACAAAAUAAAUGUUAAUUUACUAAUUGGUAACAUU